ACAGUGCAGCAGUGAAGCAAUGCCUACAGAGUGAACCGUUACCGAGUGUGUACACGGCGCCAACGGUCUCUCCAAUGAUCUCUCCAAAGAUGGUAGCAGCUCACACGUCUGCUCAUUCCUCAGCAUCUUCAGAAUGGAUAGCCUGUCUCGACAAGCGACCAGAGGAGCGCUCUGGGGAAGAUGUGGACAUUAUUAUGGCACGUCUGAAGCGCGUGAAAGCUUUUGAGAAGUUCCACCCCACCAUGUUACAGCAGAUCUGUCUAUGUGGCUACUAUGAGUGUCUGGAAAAAGGCAUCACAUUGUACCGGCAGGGUGAUAUCGGCACUAGUUGGUACGCUGUCCUCUCCGGCUCGCUCGAUGUCAAAGUCUCUGAAACUGCCAACCAUCAGGAUGCAGUUACCAUUUGCACACUGGGCAUCGGCACAGCAUUUGGGGAGUCCGUUUUGGACAAUACACCGCGUCACGCCACGAUUGUAACCCGAGAGUUCAGUGAGCUGCUGCGCAUCGAGCAGAGGGAGUUCAGAAGCCUGUGGGAGAAGUAUCGUCAGUGCAUGGCUGGUCUCCUCGCCCCUCCUUAUGGUGUUAUGGAGAGUGGGACCAGUGCUGACAGAAUGCCUGACAAAGAGAAUCUGGGUCACUCCCUAGGAUCAAUGUCCAGACACCUGAAUAAGCAAUCAUUUAUUGGAAACAUUCCCCAACUCAUAAUACAGAUAGUUCCAUCUGAGAAGAUCAUGCGGGCCGGUAAAGUGCUUAGGAAUGCCAUCCUCACCCAAGCACCUCACAUGAUCCGAGACAGGAAAUACCACCUAAAGACUUACAAGCGGUGUUGUGUAGGCACGGAGCUGGUUGACUGGCAGAUGCAGCAGAGUUCCUGUGUGCACACGCGGGUUCAGGCUGUUGGGAUGUGGCAGGUGUUGCUGGAGGAAGGCGUACUCAACCACGUUGAUCAGGAGCUGAAUUUCCAGGAUAAGUACCUGUUCUAUCGCUUCCUGGAUGAUGAGCAGGAAGAUGCACCACUCCCCAGUGAAGAGGAAAAGAAAGAGAGUGAGGAGGAACUGCAGGACACCCUCCUUUUCCUGUCUCAGAUGGGCCCGGACGCCCACAUGCGCAUGAUCCUUCGAAAACAGCCCGGCCAGAGGACAGUAGAUGAUUUAGAGAUUAUUUAUGAGGAACUGCUGCAUAUAAAAGCCUUAUCUCACCUUUCUACAACAGUCAAAAGGGAGUUAGCAGGCGUCCUCAUUUUUGAGUCCCAUGCGAAAGCAGGAACAGUAUUGUUUAAUCAGGGAGAGGAGGGAACCUCAUGGUAUAUCAUCCUGAAGGGUUCAGUCAAUGUGGUCAUUUAUGGCAAGGGUGUGGUUUGCACACUGCAUGAGGGGGAUGAUUUUGGGAAGCUCGCUCUGGUAAAUGAUGCACCGCGUGCAGCCUCCAUUGUCCUGCGAGAGGACAACUGCCACUUCCUGAGGGUGGACAAAGAGGAUUUUAACAGGAUCCUCAGGGAUGUAGAAGCAAAUACAGUGCGUUUGAAGGAACAUGAAGCAGAUGUUUUAGUUCUUGAAAAGAGCAACAUCAGAAGCUCCAGCCAUGCAGGCUCCUCACCACUCAAAUACACUGUGAUGUCUGGAACUCCAGAGAAGAUUCUUGAACAUUUCCUAGAGACCAUGAAACUAGAUUCCAAGUUUACAGAGUCAGAUCCAGCGUUGGAUGACUUUGUGCUUAUGCACUGUGUAUUUAUUCCCAAUAAGCAACUGUGUCCACUCCUCAUGGCCCACUACCAGUCGCAGGCGUCUCAGGGCAGUGAUCAGGAGAGGCUCGACUACACUCUGAAUAACAAGCGCAGAGUCAUUCGUCUGGUGCUGCAGUGGGCUGCCAUUAACACCCCCCACCUGCAGGAGGAGGAGAGCUCACUGGCCUUCCUCCAGGAUUUUUACAUGGCAGUAUCUGAAGAUGCCAAACAUAUCCCUGCACUCAAAGAUCAGCUUCCUGAGCUGGAAACUGUCCUCAAACAGAAUUCAGAUGAUGCGAAUCCCUCUCAGAAAAAGCACAAAGUGCUCCUUCGGCAGUUCAGCAUGGGAGAUGAGAAACUGCAAAAAAGGCAGCCAAUCAAAAGCACAGAUGAGAUUCUGUUUAAGGUGUACUGUAGUGACCACACUUACACCACCAUCCGGGUGCCUGUGUCUGCCUCUGUCAGAGAGGUUGUGUCUGCUGUAUCAGAUAAACUGGGCUCACAAGACGAUCUUCUCCUGGUUCACCUUAGCUCAGCUGGUGAAAAAGUGGUUUUGAAGCCAAAUGAAGUGUCCAUUUUCUCCUCUCUCAGCGUUAAUGGCCGUUUGUUUGUCUGCUCCAGGGAACAGAUUAACUCUUUGACCCCAUUACCAGAGCAAGAGGGACCAUCCGCUGGCUCCAUGUCCACCCUUGAGCUAAUGAGCUCCAAAGAGGUGGCCUACCAGAUGACCCUUUAUGAAUGGGAACUCUUCAACUGUGUGCAUGAGCACGAGUUGAUUUACCAUACAUUCGGUCGGCAGCACUUUAAAAAGGCCACGGCGAAUCUAGAUCUCUUUCUACGCCGGUUCAAUGAGAUCCAGCUUUGGGUGGUGACGGAGGUGUGCCUCUGCUCCACCCUCAGUAAACGUGUCCAGCUGCUCAAGAAAUUCAUCAAGAUCGCUGCACACUGUAAAGAGUUUAAGAAUCUGAACUCGUUCUUUGCUAUUAUUAUGGGAUUAAGUAAUCCAGCAGUCAGCCGACUCAGUCAGACAUGGGAGAAACUUCCCAGCAAGUUUAAGAAGGUUUAUGCAGAGUAUGAAAACUUGAUGGACCCGUCUAGGAACCACAGAGCAUACCGCCUCACUGUGGCAAAACUGGACCCUCCCAUCAUCCCCUUCAUGCCUUUACUGAUUAAAGAUAUGAUUUUUACUCAUGAGGGCAACAAGACAUUUGUUGACAGUUUGGUGAACUUUGAGAAAAUGCGAAUGAUUGCCAACACGGUCCGGAUAAUAAGAUACUGCAGAAGUCAGCCCUUCAACCAUGAAGCUCCUCAAGCUACCAAGAACCACCAGGACGUUCGGCUCUAUGUGCGACAAAUCAGUGUGAUCGACAACCAACGUACUCUGUCCCAACUUUCUCACAAGCUGGAGCCCCGACGCCCCUGAGCCCUGCUCAUCACAGAACAGAACCAUGCUGCUUCACUUCUUCCAGUGAAUAAUCUAGCUGUAUACAACCACUGGUCACUUUAAUAGGAACAGCUGUAUAUCUGCUCAUUCGCAAUUAUCCAAUAACCCUGUCAGGUGGCAGCACUGCAGUGCAUAACAUUAUACAGAGGAAAGUUAUGCAUUGCACAGCUGCCACUUGACCGACUGAUUAGAGUGUAUGACUGAACAGGUGUACAGCUAUUCGUAUUAAAGUGGUCAGUGAGUGUAUAUAUGACAAGCCUACAGAGCUCUUCCUCUCAUGUUCAGCAGAAUCCACAAGCAUACCCACAGUGAAAAUAUAUGUGCCAUUUGUAGGAUGCUGUUUUCAUUUUAAUCCAUAAGGAAAUUAUCCGAGACAAUCUUUUG